AUGAUAUUUGAUCUCUAACCACCAUCUCCUUCAUUGUCUCCAAAUUCUAAAACGAGAUUUUAUUAGGAACAACUCGAUAAGGCCCAUGAGAUUAUUGAUCAAUUGGAAGUUCUGCUUUAGGAAAAAGAGCAUCAAAAAAAAGUUCAUUCAACAACUUACAAAAAUAUAGAAAUUCCUCCUCUCAAAUUGAAUACAAAAUUAUCUGUUCUCAAUGGUGAAAGAUCAAGAAGUUAUGUCACAACUCCCUUGCAAUAUUCUACACCCAGAGAUAGAAGGACCAGAUUAUCAUUGGGAGGUUAAACCUCUGCAAGAUUUGUGGAGGAAAUGAAGAAUAGACAUUCAGAACUUGUUUUACAAUUUAAGGAAGACAACAAUUAGAGAGAAUGUAAAAAUAAAGAAUUAAAUGAUCAAAUACAAGAAUUAAAAUCAGAAUUGAUAUUUUGCUAAGAAAAACAAUCUAUAACAAAAAAGGAAAAGAAAUAAACAGAACAGAAAUUAGAAGUUUUGGAAAGCCAGAUCUAAAGUAUUCAGAUGUAAUUGUUGUUAUCAAAAGAAAAAGGGAACCAUUUAUAAUAAAAGAUAAAGGAAAUUAAAAAGGUAGAUGAUAUUUAAGAGGCAGAACUAGAAUUAGAAGAAGAAAUUAAUAUUAAAGUACAAUAGCAGAAUCAGGACUCAAAACUAGAAUCAGAAAAAAAAUUAUAAGAAUAAGCUCUUAUUUCUUAAAUAUCAUAAAAACAAUAAGAUAAGAGCAGUCACAAAAAAUUAUUAGGUUCCUUAUAAAAAGAGAUUCAGUUACUAGAAAAUAGGAAACAAGAACUUUAGAAUCAGACAACAGUCUCCCAAUUUGAAGAAAAGUAAAUUGAAGCCAAAGAAGAUUAUUUUAUCGAUCAAUAACAUUUAAUUGUUUAGGUUCCUUAAAAUUAAAAUGUUGUUUUGCCUUCAGAAUCUGGAGAUUAGGUGAAUACAUUUAUAGAAGAAGAUAUCCAUUCUAUCAAGUCCUCUAAAAACAAGGAAUAUAGGUAAAGGAGAAGUUGUGAAUCAUGCUAAAUCUUCUGA